AUGCAUGGAGUUGUUCCUGCUCAGAGCCCUGUGGGAAGAGGAGGUAUCUGCAUUUCUGAUGCCCUCAUUGCCAAGAGAAACUUGGCCUUCACAAAUGAGACAGAUCCUCCAGAGGUAAUGGCUCAGGCUCUUGCUACACUGCAGACUGUCCGCCUAGACCGAGAAGGUAUAGGCUAUAUUGGGAAUCUGGAGGGUCUCCAAGCCCUUCAUAGUCUCUACCUUCAAGAGAAUGAGAUUGAGCGAAUUGAGAAUUUGGACUGCCUCCCAUCCCUGCGCUAUCUAACCCUAGCAGGAAACAAGAUCCAACAGGUAGAAAACCUUCAUGGUCUCCCACAACUGCAGCUCCUGGACUUGUCCCACAACCAAAUUGCAACAUUGCAAGUAGCUGAACUUCCUCAGAAUCUCCUAGUCCUUAGUCUUUCUGGGAAUGGUUGUACCAAGCAGAAUGGCUAUAGGAAAAUGGUGAUAGAGUUCUUGCCUCAGCUUCUGGAUCUCGAUGGUGAGACAGUGCCCGGAUGGGAAGACCCAAAGGAGGAAGACAAAGUGACUGACAUCCAGGAUGAGUUCCCUGAGUUGAGUGGCCCCUUCUGUACGGAACGAGGCUUUCUCGAGGAACUGGAACAGGAGCUAGCCAGUCAUAGGGAUAGGAGAAUAAGGGAGGCCCUGAUGGAACAUCAGAUCAGAAUGUCAUGCAAACCUGUGCUCACUGACCUCUCAUCGCUACCAGGGGCCCCUCUGUCCAAGAACCACAGCCCACCCCCAGUGCCUGGGAAAGACACAGUUGGGACUAGCCCCACUGUCAGUUCCCCUGGGCAACCUUCUGCUGUCAGGAAACCCUGUGGCCUAAACAGCCAGGGGCAGAGCAACAGAGUCCAGAUGGAAAGAAAGGGAAAGCAGACCACCAGCCCCCAAGCCAAGACUCAACAUGCUACCCGAACAACAACGAUAAGAGCCAAGAAAUGAAUGACCCCAGCCUCUUUAGAGCCCAC